CCGGGAGAUAUUUCUGUUUGAGAUGAGAAAUAGUAUUUGAGCUUUCAGGUCGACCUCACCAAUCCCAAAGUCUUGGCCACUCAGCUGCUGUAUUAUUAUCAAUGGAAUCCUCCGCAGUUCUCACACUUUCUCAGCUCCCUUAUUUUUCCCCGCAGAAAUCAAACAGAAAGAGAGUUUCUCCUUCCUGGCCAUGCAAGCCAAGGAGCUCUCAACCCACUCGCUUGCACUGCCAAAAGAUGUAUGUCCCUGGAUUUGGAGAAGCAUCACCAGAAGCCAAGGCAGCCAACAACCUCCACAAUUUCUUCACUUACGUUGCUGUAAGGAUUGUCAAAGCACAGCUUCAGAGCUAUAACCCUGAGGCAUAUGAGGAAUUGAUGGAAUUCUUGAAUAGACACUCCUUGAAUGAUGGGGACAAGUUCUGUGCCAAUUUGAUGCGAGAAUCUUCAAGGCAUAAGGCUUUAGCUCUUCGUAUCUUAGAGGUCCGAUCUGCUUAUUGCAAAACUGAUUUUGAAUGGGACAACUUGAAGCGAGUAGCUGUUAAGAUGGUCAAUGAAUCUAACACGAGACUCAUGAGGGAUUAUGUCUCAGAAACCAGUCCUGCAGAGAGCGAGAAGUAAUUAAUCGAUCACUGCAUCGAUCUGCUUCUCCAUGUGUGAGCUUGAAGUUAUAGUCAAGAGAGCGAGAAGUAAUUAAUCGAUCACUGCAUCGAUCUGCUUCUCCAUGUGUGAGCUUGAAGUUAUAGUCAUGAAAUGUAACAUAAAUGUAAUAUAUGUAAUGAUUUAAAGAACUUGAUUAGCAUUGUACCCUCAUAAUAGACAACUUUGUGCCCCUAUGCAUCUAGGCUCUAGUCUGUCUUCAGCAUUCUAAUUUGCAGCAGAUCGAUAGGACUGCUCUUCUACGCAUAAGAUGAUCAAUGAGACUGUUCUUCUCCAAUAACAAUCUGAUAACAGUAUAAUUGCCGCAAAUCAGGGAACAAUAUGGAAAGCCAUUGGCUGGUUUAUCCUCUA